UGGCUGCUAGCUCCCGACACAACUAGCUAACGUUAGCUAACGUUAGCUAACGUGCACCUGCCUCCGGUGAGCUCUUUCCCCGUCAAACGGGUCCUCCCGCUCCGGCCUCUGUGUGUUUGUGUGUGUGUGUGUGUGUCUCCCGUGCGCGUACACGUAGGAGACUGACGUUGGAAACAGGAAGUAGAAAGGCAGUCAGCAGCUCAUGACAACAAGGAAGUAAACUCUGUCGGGUCGAAGUGAGGAACACUUUCUUUUUCUGCCGUAACGUGAAAGUAAGAACGGCCGAGAGCUCGGCGCUAGAAUCCCAGGCGCAGCGAGGGUGGCUACGGAAGUUAGCCUUCAAGCUAAUUCCUCCACUGACUGAGCAGCGUCUCAACACCAGCCCCAGAGAGAAGAACACACAGGGGUGCGGGGGGAGACGCGGACAGUAUCCGCCACUAUGGACCACAAAGGGGAACCCCAGGAAGAAGUUAUGGGGUUGAAACACGAGGAGCUCCCGCAGAUGGAUGGAUCAUGUGAUGCGUGCGAGCCUGAUGAGGCCCAACCGGCCACACAAGUUUGCCAUACCUGCAGCUUUGCCUUCUGCCCUGUCCAUGGUGACGCACAUGCCAGCAGAACACAUCAUCCCAUACUGCCUUACAACCAUGCCGAGACACAAGCUAAUGGACCUGGCACUAACAGAGACUCCAGAGUUGGAGGCGGAGCUGAGGAUGAAGCGCGUGCGGACGGAGCAGCUGCAAUGGCCACGAAUCGGGAGACUGCGCCGCUCGGAGCGGCGAUGCCCAACGGCGAUGAGAGAGACGAGGCUGGUGGAAGAAAGGGAGCCAAGAGCGGUCUGCAUCCGGAGGCUGAGCCGGGGGAUGGAGCCGAGGGUGCAGAAGCAGGCCAGGAGGCCUUGGCCGCUGCAGAGCCUGAGAAGAGGGACACCGUGACCGUGGAGAGGCUGCGCUGCAAGGAGCACGCACAGGAAGGCUCCCUGUACUGCAAACCCGACGAGAAGAUCAUCUGUGUGGUGUGUGCUGUGCAGGGUGAGCACCGGGAGCAUGAGAUCAUCACCCUGCAUGAGGCCUACGUUUGGCAGAAGAGCAGGCAGGGGCAUGACCUUUUGGGCUGCACGCAACAAAUGUCCGAGAAGAUCAAGUCCAAAUGGACAAACCCUGAGAUGUCCACGGAGGAGCUUGAGGCCUAUGUAAACAGUCAGUUUGAUGAGCUCCGCAAACUGGUGCGUCUGGAGGAGAAGAGGACCCUUCACCUGGUGGACCUCAAGGAGGCCUUCCUGACGGCGUCCGCCGCGGAGAAAAUCGCCGAGAUCUCCCUGCAAACGGAGCUCCUGCAGGAGGAGAUGGCCGAGAUCACACACCAGCUGUGCCUGCUGGAGCAGGCUGAGGCCAUGGGUCCCGCCAUGGCAGCAGAGGCCCUUGGACCACUGCCGGCCCACAGAGUGCCGCGGGACAUUGAAGCGAUGCCAAGACUACCGGAGCCGAGGCCAGAACCCAUGAACCCACGGGGCUUUGACGACAACGAUUCUGGACCAUCCAUGGACCACGCCCCCUGAUACCAGCUGAACACGCUCCGAUUCACCUGUCCCUCAAUGUGUACUUCAGCUGAGCUGUCAGGCCACCCUCUCCCCCCCCUCCCCCACCUUCCCCUCCCCUCUCUCUCUCUCUGUCAGCCUUUUUCACCCCCCCCCCCGGCGCUGUGCCUGCUGCCAGCGAGCUGACCUUGAAGAGGGCUGAUGUGACAAAUGUGGCUGAUGGCGACGUCUUUUCUGUGCUCCAACUUUUCCUUCACCAGCGACUAACUUCUUCCCUGAUUGACAUGUUCCGUGCCAUCAAUUACCAUCGGGCUCAAUUUCCACAGCCAGUCGGGCCCUGGGCUUACUGGUCGACUCGGGGGGGAGGAGUCCGUUAAGCCCGACAGAUGUCAGAAACGGGAGGUUCCGCGGGCGCCGUUCUCUUCGCACUUCAGCCGUGAACAGUGUAAUUCUGUUUCUGUCGUUUUGUCGAACAUUUGGACGCGAAAAGGGAACUUUUUUUUUUUUUUUUUUUCAGACGCCGCAAUGCCUUACGUCAUCGAGAGAGGGUUCCGAAAAGGGUGCUCUCUGUGUCGUGUUUUGAUUGUGUACUUUCCCUUCACCCUGAGCCCCACCCGCUGGUUCUUUGUGCUUGUGGAUUUGAGCGCACUUCCUUGUGUGCUUGUCAGGUCCAUUAUCAGAAGCGGGAGGGGGGGGGGGGGGGGCAUUUUGACGCCUAUCGAUUUUGUGAAUGUGGUUGAGUCUUUGUUCAAAUCAAACUAGAAUUCCACUGUGCAAAAUAGCACUUGGGCAGUAUCAGCUUUCUAUUUACUGUAAAGGCUCAUUACUCCUGUCCAAUCCGCAGGGCGCAAUCCAGUGCACGCACUCUCCACCGUGACCCACUCAGCCGUGGCUUUCAGUCUGUCUGUCAGCGGUUUGCUUUUAAUGCCAUGGUGAUGCUGUUGCCUCACACUCAGAAUUCAGAAAGUGGUGUCACCCGUCAUACGUGGCACAUGUUUGACAACGACAUUUGUCACUUUGCUGUGACGUGUCAUUGCACCAAGAAGCCAAGCCAAGAGAAAUGUUUGUGUGUCAACAGCUUAUUGAAAUAAGCCUUUAUUCCAGGGUAACAGAAGGCAGACAUCUGACUUUCUGAUAUUUCCUCUUUGUCUAUUUUUUGUUUGAAAUCCAUAAAUAAAUUACCAACCAGUGGGUUUCUGAAGAUGACAUUCAUACUUUCACGCAUUUUUUUUUUCUUUCGCCAAACUCUACAAACACCUCAAUGUCAUCAGUCAUCCAAGAGACUAAUAUAAAAAAAAACUUGUUAAGCAUGUGACGAUGGGCGGAGACAAGAGGAUGAAGUGCUGUUUAGGAGGGGUUCAGGGUGGCGGGUAGUUCUGCUUCAUCAACAUGCAAGGCGAGCCCCCCCCAUCUCGAUAAGACUGGGAACCUGUAGGUUUGGGAACAAAAGGCUUGUUGAUGGAGCAGCAGAGCUCUUCGGGGGGGGGGUUUCUUCUUUUCCGCAGAUACAUUUAAAUGUCGACAGGUUUCAUUCCUACGCUGCCAGCAAAAGCCAGAACCCACUUUCGUCAACUUGAAGCCUCAAUCACUAAAGCCGCUCUCUCGAAGGCUUCUCCUUUUUUUCCCCCCUCUCGCUUGGCUUCUGUUGCCCCGUCAGUACAGCGCUGUGCGUUUCUCACUCCUUCCUGCCACGUCGGCUUCAUCGAGGGACGCCUUUGCAGCGUCUCUGAUCCCUCUGCAGCCAGAUAUUGACCCGGAGAGAAACUCAUUUAGCCGGCGGUCGCUUCCUGCCUGGGUGGGAUCACGUCUGGGUUUGCAUUCUCUGGUGAAUUCCCUCGUAUAAUGGGGCCUAAUGACUUAGCGCGUGAGGCAUUGAUCCUUUAGCAUUCACUAAGCCACUGCGGACUGACCAAUCACUCAAACCCUCUUUAGAGAUUUUUUUUGUUUGUUUCCUAUGUGUGUGUGUUAUAAUGUUUCUGCCCCCCUUGCUGUUAGAGACUGGCUGGCUUGGGGUAGCAAUCAUUAGGUCGAGAGUCUGGUGUGAUCAAAGGAACAAAAACCAACCUGAUCGGGGGGGGGGGGGGGGGGACAAUGUGCCUGUUUGUCUGUGGAGGAAAUGGAGAGGAGAAGAUGGUCAGAUCUAAUUCAGCCAGGGAGAACACAAGGUUCCCUUUUUCCACCCCCCCCCCCCCCCCCCCCCUCCAAUUACACUUGCUCUUCAGGUUCACUUCACAGGGCGUCUUCACACGGAGGCGUAAUGACAGUUUUGGGGCCGUGCACGUACCGUGUGGGCAAAAAAAAAAGAAGAGAAA